GGGCGCGCGCGCUCCCUGGCAGCGCCCGCGGCGUGCCGGCCGCCCGGGCCGCGCAGGCGCCCCGCGAGCAGCCGCCGUCGCGGCGGCCUGGCCGCGCGGGCUGGCACCGCACCGGGAGAUCGGCUCGACGCGAGGGCGUCCUGCCCGGAAAAAAGUUCGGGGGGAACGAAAGGGGAGGAUAGCAAAAGGGCAGGGUAGAGGAUCAGCUCACGUGGCUGAUUUUCCCGGCGCCUCCCGGCGCCGGGAGGCGCCCAUGUAUCAAGGGAUGGGCCCGGCGGUGGGGCCGAAACCAGCUGCAUGCAGCAGAUUUCGUAACCACCCCUUUCCCUAUCCCCCCCUUUCGUUCGGCCCGACGAGUCGGCAUCAUUUUCGCCAUUGUUGGGCCUACCUGAAAAGCGGCCCUAUUACCCUAGAACCUUUUAUGUUUGCAAUGCGGAUCCCAGGCACUUGCAACAAGUGGGUGCUAGUCGAGCGCUGCGCAAGGCGUACUACACAAACAGUUAGAGAAAAAAUGCCCAUCUCAUACCUCUCUCGAAAGUGAUGCAGAUGUCACGAUAUUCGGGGUACCGGUGUCGAGCAAGACCCCGUUAUGAUCUAAAACCCAACUGAGACUUCGCUGUCCGAAACAUCCUUGAAUGAGGCACCGAUGUCAUGCAGUGUUUUCGUCCAGCACCGCGUGCCUAGGCGCUCCCACCAGUGGAGCUUGGCACGCGCGGUAUGGUGAAAUCUGGGGGAGCGAGGCUGACGCAACCACCCUGCUCACCAACGCUGUGCUCACUUCGCAUGGUCGCCUGCUGCUGAUUUGCAGUUGCAUCGCCAAGGCCCUCGGAGAGGCGCUCAACGAGACUGCUGAGAGGCUGCACAGAAGUAAUAUGCCUGAGCAAAUGAAAAGUAAAGGGGCUAUGAGUGUUGUCUUGAUCACUGGCAUCGAAAGCCCUCUGACCAGGCCUGCAAGCUGAGAUAAUGAAAU